UGGGGCGCUGUGACGCUACAUUGCGAUCCUCCCAACGCAGUUGAGGGCAGGAGAUCGCAUACCUGAACAUUUGUACUUCAAGAGUGAACAUUAACAAUUUUUUUAAAAGUUCUUGAAUCGAUGAAGGUGCAAGGGGAAAGAAAAACUCUCCAACUUGAUAAUAAAGAAUGUUGUUGGAUGGGCCAUCUUGUGCAGCAUUUGCUGUGCUCGUUGGCGUGGUCCUCCCAGCUAUUUCCUGGAUGUGGUUGCUAGGGAAGACGUGGCCCAGUUGCUAGGGGAGGCAGGGCCCAGUUGCUAAGGGAGGCACGAUCCAGUUGCUAAGGGAGGCAAGAUCCAGUUGCUAGGGGAGGCAAGAUCCAGUUGCUAGGGGAGGUAGGGCCCAGUCGCUAGGGGAGACGUGGCCCAAUUGCUCCGGGAGACUGGGCCCAGUUGCCAAGGCAACCUCUCCAUCCUUUUUAUUGACAAAGAACAAAUCCACGGCCAGUUGAUGCAUUCACAACAUUUUUUUUUAAAAAUCAGGUUUUAUCCUUCUUUUGCAAAGAUCUGUAUCAGAGGCAGUCAAUACCUUGUUGUAAUUGAAAGCAAACAGGGUUCCGGUCAAAAGAAUUAUUAAUUUUGGGCAACUUGCAUUUGGGAAAUAAAUGAAACUCACCUUGUGAAGGUACCGGGAUUUUAAAAAUUCGAAGAAAAUGCUUUUGGGCGUGUGAUUCUGCAACCCUGGAACUUUUCUUCCCUCAGUUUCAUUUUUCUACCUCGCCCUACAGGCAGGAUUGAUCAAUAUGAGUUCGGCCACGGAGAACCAGACAAGUGGGGUGAAGAAGAUUCAAGAAUUCCUCGCUGAUUUGGUGGUACUGGGAUCACUGCAGGGUUUCCGAUACUUCCAGCCCUGGUUGCGGGGUCGCGAGGAGUUGCUGCUGACUGUGGUGAAUGAGGAUUCCAGCUGGCAAUCGGCUAGUUUUCCCAGGAGUCUGGUGAAUUCCUGCAAUGAGGGUGUUGGAGUGGCCGAGUUGCCCUGUGCUGACCAAUCUCUGUUGACGUCACUUCCAUCACAGAAGAGAAUGAGCAGCUGUGGGCACACCGACACAGGAUUGCCACCAGCAUCUCCCUGUGAUCGGGAAAUUGCACUCCCAGAGCUGAACUGUACCCUCUUCCUCCUGGCCUGCUACGCCAAGUACCAGUGCCCCUAUGUGUGGAUCCGAUCCAACCACGAACGUCUUAUUAAAGCCACGAGUGGGAACCGGGCAUCCAAGGACAGUCCUCUGAAGCUGAACUCCACUCGGGAUUGGUGCCGGAGCGGUGGACAGAUUUGGGAGAUUGUGGCUGAGCUGGUGGAGCUCUGCACCUGGCCGACACCGUCGAACCCCUUCACCCUGGACAUAAGGUACUUUGAGUCUCUGCCUCUAAUCGAGAGGUUCCUGGCUUCGGGGGCCAUGGCUGACUUCCUCCAGAGGAUUGUGAUUCAUGGAAACCGAGAAAAGUUCUAUUACACCAAAGUUUUGGAUGAGCUGGAAACCCUGAACCGAUUUCACGUUAAGGCUCUCCACGAGAUGCGGAAACAAAAGCUGAGAGAGACGGAGGGUGAAGCAGACAACGAAGACCCGAUGGACAGCAGCUUAUCCAGUGGCAAGUGACUGGGGUAGCGUUACCGCUCCUCCAAAACUCAGGAACAAAUCCAGCCAAGAGUAGUGUAGGCAAGUAGACUAACUGGGUAAAGGGAGGGUCGUGGGGGUUGGGCCAUGGAGUUGGGAAUGGGAACUGACUGUAUUUAAUACCCUGGGGCUUGGGUGCAGUUGAAAUGCUGUGUGCAGGGAGGGGAGGGACACAAGAUUCUCAGCUCAAUCCUCGCCCUAAUGUAGGGAAUGCCUGUCUGAUGGGGGAGUGCAGGCAGUAGCAAUAUAGACCAUUCAAUACAGGCUUACCAUUGCAAACGCUGAGAGAAAGGGGGAGAUGUCAGAGGGUGGGAGAUGGAGAGAGCAACUGAUUGAGGGAGGCGAGACAGAGGGAGCGGAUGACAGAGAGGCUGGAGAUGAAGGGAAUGACCCAGGGAUGGGAGAUUGCAAACAUGAGUAACUAAUGGAGGGAGCGACUGCCCAACAGGUGGGAGACUUGCCAAGGUAUUGGAGUUGUAGGGAAAGUCCAUCCAGGCAGAUGGAAGGAGAGCCAUUGUAUUAAACUGUGGAAGCUAAUCGCUGAGAUUCUGAAUCACAAGCGACAUUUCUGAUCGGGUUUUGCUCUUCCAGUGGACAUACGGUCUGAGCUGAAGGUCCCAAGUGAGCUGGUCGCCAGUUGAGUUCAGCACCAGGCUCCAAUGCUCUCGAGAAAAGCCGGGGAGGGGGUGGGGGAUGUCGGACAAUGAGACUGGAAUUGUGACCAUUCAAUGGGCUAGAAAUGGGCAAAUAUACUGCAGUCACUCACUUCUCACCUGAAGAGGGGCAAUUGGAUGAGGUCAGCUGCUGUGGAACUGGAGCAAAGAAGAAUCCGAGCUGUCAGAGGAAUGCGGGUAGAAAUGAGCAGAGCUCACACACAGUGCCUCCCCCAUUUGAUAGUCCUUAGCUCUGCGCGUGUGCACACCUUUUCAGUAAUUGGCAUUGAUUCAGCCUUUGUGGACUUAUUCUAAUAAAGAUCUUCCCUGU